ACCUUUAAGAAAUAAUACUGUUACUAAUUCAAUUGUUGAGAACUAGAAAAAAUUCAAUACAAAACUUUAGUAACUCAUUAUAAGAACGUGCGGUAUACAUUUAAAAGUUUUUUUUUUUAAAAUGUUUAAAGAAAAUGAAAUAAAUUUUUACAAAAAUGAUAUAAAUUUAAAAGAAUUAAUAGAAACACAAAAUUUAAAAGCCACCGAUGAAGCUUUAUUUGUAUGUGAUUUGGAAAAAGUUAAAGAAAAAUAUGAAACCUGGACUAAGUUUAUGCCACGGAUUAAGCCUUAUUAUGCGGUUAAAUGCAAUGAUGAUAAUUUUAUAGUAAAAACUUUGGCCGAUUUGGGUACUAGUUUUGAUUGUGCUUCUAAAAAUGAAAUUAAACAAGUUAUAGAAUUGGGUGUAGAAGCCGAACGCAUUAUAUUUGCCAAUCCCUGUAAACCGGUAUCACAUUUGGAAUAUGCCAAAGAGCAUAAUGUUAAAUCGAGUACAGUGGAUACGGAAUUCGAAAUCUAUAAAAUACAUAAAACUUAUCCGGAAUCAAAUCUGGUUAUACGUUUCCGUUGCGAGGCCAAAGAAGCUCAAUGCCCAUUGGGUGACAAAUUUGGCUGUGAUGCUGAAAGUGAUGCCACGGCUCUAAUGUUGCUGGCGAAAAGUCUUAAUUUAAAUGUUAUAGGCUGCAGUUUUCAUGUGGGCUCGGGUUGUAAUGAUUUUCCCGCCUAUGAUCGUGCCAUAACAACGGCUAAAAAUCUUUUUCAAUUUGGUGCUGUUUUAGGUUACGAAAUGAAUUUACUUGACAUUGGUGGUGGAUUUCCGGGUAGUGAUGAUAAGAAAUUUGCUACGAUUGCUGACAUUGUUAAUAAAUCUAUUAGCCGCCAUUUUCCCCAGGAUAAUGUUAAUAUUAUAGCAGAACCGGGAAGAUUUUUUGUAGCCUCUGCAUUUACUUUAAUUUGUAAAAUUCAUGCUAAGCGUGAAGCUAGAAAUCCCAAUGGUAAAUUGCUAACAAAAAUGUACUAUUUAAAUGAUGGCGUCUAUGGAUCGUUUAAUUGCAUUUUGUACGAUCAUCAACAUGUGACUGUGGAGCAUUUUUUGGAUGAUGAAGCCCACAAUCUACCGACAUUUAACACUUUAAUUUGGGGUCCCACUUGUGAUGCUUUAGAUAAGAUUGCUGAGGAUUUACAAUUACCCGACUUAAAAUGUGGUGAUUUCUUGGCCUUUCCCAAUAUGGGUGCCUACACGGUACCCAUAGCUAGUCCAUUUAAUGGUUUUAUGUUACCCAAAAUAUUAUAUUUUGAAAAAAUAAAAAUAUGACAAAUAUUUGAAAAUAAAAUGGAAUUUAUAAUGCAGCUUAAAA